UAUGCGCGCCAAGCGUACGAAGCCGUCGCCCAGCUCUACCACCGAGAGGCUCACUUUGUGGCGAUCAACUGUUGGCAGCCAGGCGGCGAGUGUCGGCAGCGGUACACGAAGGUGCUCUCUUGGCCGGUGCUGAUGGCGUACCAACCGAACGGGUUUGUGAUCCAGUACCACCAAGCGUGGACGGCCGGUGCCCUUUCGCGAUUCGUCCAAUCGUUGGUGGCACCGCUGCAGCGGUUCGUUAAUCCUGCCGACCUGAUGGAUCGAAUGACCGGCAAGGAUGCUGUGAUCGUCGCAUUCCUUGAGGUGACCAACGACAGCAAACUUUACCACCAGUACUAUCAGGCGGCCGUUAAGUGGCUCGAGAAGGAUCCGUUCCAGGAAGUUUCAUUCGGGGUCGUGACGGGCGAGUCCUGCAAGCUGUUCGGCGUCGAAACGCAACCUUCCAUUCGGCUGUACUUGUGGAAUGAAACAAUCGAGUACGUCGGUAAGGAAUCGUGGACACCGAGGGAGCUGAACGGUUGGCUCGUUAAACAUCUGCAGGUCGUCUCGAUGUGGAUCGCACCGCCCGGGUCGAAAUCCAGCACGAUCGCACCGUACUUCCGGCAGGGUCCGGUUCUGUUUCUCUUCAAUCCGCGGCCACUGUAUGCCGAGGGAGACAGUUCCGAUGCGUACAUGAUGCUCCGGCAGCUCAGCAUGCACUAUUACAACUGUGCCGGCGAUACCUGGGUACAGGAAAUGGCCCGUGAGUACAUUGCCGAACAGCGUCUGGUCGCCCUCGAGCGGUACACUCACCGAAAGGUCCAAUGUGGAUCCAUUCUGGGGCGACACCCGUCGCAGGAUGACGAUGAAGGAAGAGGGGCCGAUGGUCGCCGUCGACGCCGUGGCGGUAUCGAUCGAUCGACCGUGUCCGUUUCGUUUGUGAAUGUGCUCAAUUCGUCAAAGUUUGCCGAUGGAAGAAAGCUUGCGGGCCAAUCUGGAGGAUCGGAACCCGAUUCCGCGUACUGUGACAUAGCCCCGGCACUGGCCGGAAGGUGCCAACCGACGGAAAGCUGCGGAGCCCGUUUCGGUCCCGAAAUGAAACCAUCCCUGCGGUGGAGCGGUACAGGGCAGCAGCAGCAGGAAGAAGAAGAUGGGUGUCCGGCAAGGGCACGCCCUACACCGGAGGCUUCCGAGGUGGUCACUUCAAGUGCAAUCGACUCGACGCACGACUAUCGGGGUCCGAAAUUGCUCACCAAACAGUACCUCCGCCGGCAGUGCGAGCUGUUUCGGUUGGCGGAGGGCGAUGGAACGCACUUGUUCUACCCGGAGCCGGAAGGCGAAUCGGACGCAAUCUACGCUGCGGUCGGUGGAUUGUCGUGCAAGCAUAACAAAACCCUCACCUUCCUCAGUAUGGACAGCUCGCUGUACCAUUCGUUUAGCGAGCGGCUUGGGAUCGACGUGCUGCAGGAACCGAACCGAACCGUGGCCUUCAUCGUGGACGCCGAGAACGAAUCGACGUACGCGUUACGGUCACCCAUUAACCUGCGGACGUUGGCACGUUUCGUGCAC